CUUCUUCUCCACGUUAAAUUAACGCUUUGUGGCGGCCGAGUCGGUUUGGCUGUUGGGGUUUGUAACGUUGAUUAAGAAAAGUUUUCAAUCCUGCGUUCCCGGGUAUUCGGUCCAACUGGACACCAAAUCACCUUAAUCAGUGACAGAAGGGCGCAAGUUCUUGCAAUCUCAUCUUCAAUGACAGAAGAUGGAGUCUGACAGCCCCCGAUCGCCCUUGAGUUAUCGCAGAGUCGUGCUGUAUGACUUGCCAGAUGAUAGGUGUCAGAAUUCUGCUUCAGGUCUCUCAGAUUCGUACUGUAAUUUAAAAAUCGUAAUAGCCAAUCACCAAUGCGCUGCACAUCCCAAACGGCGCCUUGAUUCCUUUCCAGAGCGUGCUUGUUCGUCUCCUUUAAAUAAGCCUUUGAUUUUAAACUCUGGUUUCAACUCCUUACGCAGCUCUGAUAAAGCUUCCCACCCGCCUGAUUUAGCUCGUGUCCUUGACUCCUCCUCACAAGACAACGAGGCGUCUGAAGCCGCUUCUGAAAUCCUUCCAAGGGAAGAGAGAGCGCUGUGUGGGAAAACCGUGGCUGAAAGGUGCAGUCAGACCCCACGUAUUUCUGUGCCAUUUGGGGAGCAAGACUUGGACAAAGGCGCUUCAGUUCCGGGUGGGGCUUUCACAGCCUGUCCCAGUAAAAUUACAAUGACGCAAACUAGUUCCUCAGCUGGGAAACCUGCGGCACGAGAGCAAGCUGACGAGCUGAUGUCUGUUAGCCCCGUUGACAGAGAUGAUGACGGGAUUGAGGAGUUUAUUGUAAGCUGUCAACAGUUUUACGAGAGCAACUGUAGCGGAGCUGGUGGCGCCGACUGGAGCUCGUGCGAUGACCAGGAUUGGAGAUGUGGAAUGGAAAACGGAACCUCUAGCGACGAGGGCUACUUCACCAGCUCUUUCAGGGAAGAGCAGUCGAGUGCUGAAGGGAGGGGCACCAGUCCCAAGGAGCUGGUGCAGCCUGUGAACACAUCGACGCCUUCAGUGAAGGGAGCUGUUGCAGAUGGGGGGCUGUUGCAGACGGGGCAGGUGGCGCUGUCGGGGACAGUUAUCCACAGUGAGCCUCGGCCAUGGGAAGUCUUAGGACUGCAGGCGUUUGCCUCAUCCCUGGCUGGUAAUUCCGGGCCUGAGUCCUUGCAGAGGGAUAUUUUAUUUCAGGACAGCAGCGAGCGUGCCUCAACCUUUGGGCCUGGGAUUUGUGAAACCCAUCAUUCGCUGGAGUCUAAGGGUUUUUCUGAUGCAGCGAGUACUGCUUCUGAGCACAAGCAGUUUGCCCAGAAGCCUUUGGCUUGUGUUAAGGAAAAAGAGACUUCUGCUAAUGGUUCAUUAAAUGCUACACAGCUACUCCACAGACAGGUGAGGUCUGUGAUUAUCGCCCCUGCGACUAUGAACCAUGUCCCUCCCGCACAGGGCCCGGUUAAUGGUGCCCUCAGUGGUCCAGUUUAUAGAAAUGUAGUCUUUGAAGAGUCGGAGCUGGAACAACAAAAGAAGAUGUAUGUCCAGCGCGUGUCCAGCCACAUGGCCGACAGUAACGCUGAGAACCAAGGCGUGAUGAAUGAGCUGCUGGUCUUGAUGAGCGCUGUGGCCGGCCAGGGAAAUAGCACCAGCAGCGGGUCAUGGCAGCACCCCUCAGAUCUCACAAAAAGAAACUACAGGAGAGCACUGGGCAAGCCCGUCUGUCAGAUUAGUCUGCAAGACUGGCAGAAGAGGAACGGAAAGUACUUCCGGCGCUUUGCAUCAAUCCCAGACAAGUUUAACCGCAGCAGGAUAGCCGAUACCUGAUGAUGAGGACAGUGUGUGUGCUGUCCUUUUGUGACUGUGUGCUGCUCUGUGCGCAUGUCGUCGUUCACUAUUUUUAGUAACUCGUAGUUUUCAGUAGUGAAGAGCACUGUGUGGUGAAGGUCCAGUCGCUGGGCAGCUGGAGGACAAUAUUUCAGUACGGAGGCGUGAUCCGGUGGGGAGAGCGGGCCAUCGUGACCCCGGGUCAACGGUGAGCGGCCAGAGAUGAGCUCUGGACUACUGGGAAACAAUGGCCAUCCCUGGACAGCGGCGCUCCUCACCGGGGUUUCUGCGGACAUAUGCCAGACCUGCGAUCCGGACCGGAGGCUGUGCUCACAGAUGGGGGCGGCAGGCAACUGCACGUUGCCAGGAAGCCGAUAUGGACUCGGACGCCGGAUCCGCCUCAAGCCGGUCCUCUUCCCCGGAGUUCGUGGAGGAGGCCAGGGCCUUCUUCUCCAACCGGAUGUUCCGGGCCUACUGCCGGGACCAGGAGCAGGAGCUGGAGCCGGAGCAGGAGCAGGAGCAGCCGCGCACCAGCCUGCUGCCCAAAGAGGGGAGCAGCGGGGCGGGCGCGGGGGCCGGGGGGGCCGGCGGCCGGGCCAAGCCCAAGAGGGGGCUGACGGAGGACGACCUGCAGGGCCUGCGGCUGAAGGUGAACAGCCGGGAGCGGAAGAGGAUGCACGAUCUGAACCAGGCCAUGGACGGGCUGCGGGAGGUGAUGCCCUACGCCCAGGGGCCCUCGGUCCGGAAGCUCUCCAAGAUCUCCACCCUGCUCCUGGCCAGGAACUACAUCCUCAUGCUGUCCAGCUCCCUGGAGGAGAUGAAGAAGCUGGUGAGCGACGUCUACGGUGGGAGCCACCCCAGCCAUGUGCCCCGUUGUAGCCCGGUGGGGACCUCCCCUGCCCAGCUGCCCCUACACCCCCUGGCCCAGUCCCUCCACUCCCUUGUGGGCACCACAUCCACCGCCACCCACUCCUCUCCUUCUGCAGGCUACCUGGGGUUCAGGCCUCCCCUGCAGACUCUGCUGAAGGAGCUCAGCAGCCCCUCCAAUCUCGGGGUCUCCUACAGGCACCUCACCGGCAUGCCCUGUCCUUGUUCGCUGUGCCAGCCUCUGCCAGCCUCCACGGCCAGUUUACCCAGUUGUCUAUGAGCAAGUGAGGCAGGACUGUGCUGGGAACUGAGCUCUAACUUUCGGGAUUUCUGGGGAAGCUUCCCGCCUCUUUGUUGCUACAACAGGCUGCGAUCUGGAUAGCUGACUUUUGUGUUCUCUUCAAUGAUUGGGCCAGCUUUCAAAACGAAAGGGACUGUAUCUCCUUCAUUGUGGUAUCUUGUAGAUCUCUGUAAAGUUUGUAGAAGAAGAGAAGACUAUUCUUGUUUUGUUUUAUUAAAGAAUGUUUUUUGUGUAAGCUGCUAUUUUUAUACAUAAUAACUUUUGUUAAGUGUACAUUUUUCUAAGCAGAGUCUAGUUUAUUACUGGCCAUAUGUCUAGCACAUCUUUAUUUUGUUCUCUGCCUUUCUUUCUUGAAGGCCUGGGAUUCUUUUUGACUGUAAAACAGCUAGAUGACAAGACAGCUGCUACCCCUUAAAUUGUCUUGCUGGGCUGAAAGAAAACAACUUGUUAAAAAUGGUGGAGAAAGCGUGUUUGUACAAAUUGUGU